AUGACUGCAAAUGCUCUUCCAAAGCUUGCUGCGACAAAGGCGGAUGUGUUUGUUUUGAUACAAAGGGAGCAAGUUGCGUUUGCGUUGGAAGUGAUGGCCAAGGAGGAUUCAAGAAAUGCGAUGACUGCAAAUGCUCUUCCAACUCUUGCUGCGACAAAGGCGGAUGUGUUUGCAUCGAUACAAAGGGAGCAAGUUGCGUUUGCGUUUGCAGCGACGGUAAAGGAGGAUUCAAGAAAUGCGAAGACUGCAAAUGCUCUUCCAACUCUUGCUGCGACAAAGGCGGAUGUGUCUGUAUUGACACGAAGGGAACAAGUUGCGUUUGCGUUGGAAGUGAUGGCCAAGGAGGAUUCAAGAAAUGCGAUGACUGCAAAUGCUCUUCCAACUCUUGCUGCGACAAAGGCGGAUGUGUCUGUAUUGAUACAAAGGGAGCAAGUUGUGUUUGCGUUUGCAGCGACGGUAAAGGAGGGUUCAAGAAAUGCGAUGACUGCAAAUGCUCUUCCAAAGCUUGCUGCGACAAAGGCGGAUGUGUUUGUUUUGAUACAAAGGGAGCAAGUUGCGUUUGCGUUGGAAGUGAUGGCCAAGGAGGAUUCAAGAAAUGCGAUGACUGCAAAUGCUCUUCCAACUCUUGCUGCGACAAAGGCGGAUGUGUCUGUAUUGAUACAAAGGGAGCAAGUUGUGUUUGCGUUUGCAGCGACGGUAAAGGAGGGUUCAAGAAAUGCGAAGACUGCAAAUGCUCUUCCAAAGCUUGCUGCGACAAAGGCGGAUGUGUUUGUAUUGAUACAAAGGGAGCAAGUUGCGUUUGCGUUGGAAGUGAUGGCCAAGGAGGAUUCAAGAAAUGCGAUGACUGCAAAUGCUCUUCCAACUCUUGCUGCGACAAAGGCGGAUGUGUCUGUAUUGAUACAAAGGGAGCAAGUUGUGUUUGCGUUUGCAGCGACGGUAAAGGAGGAUUCAAGAAAUGCGAAGACUGCAAAUGCUCUUCAAAUUCUUCAGAAAAUACAAAAAAUCGCAAAUGUUGCCAGUAGUUAA